AUGUGGAAAGUUCCAAUCGUGAUAACUUUCCUGCUGAGUUAUUCAGCUAUUGUUAAACCACAAGUUUUAAGACCAAUCACUGACAAUAUGUGUGGAGGAAGAAUGGAUGGAGUUAUUUUCCCAGAUCCACAAAAUUGUGAUGUUUUCGUGCAAUGUCAGAAAGGGAAUGUAGUGAUGCAAAGAUGUGACAGAGGAGACUUGUUUGAUCUUAAUCUUUAUUAUUGUGUGUCUGCUGAAGUCGUCAAUUGCGGUCAACGUAGACGACCGAACAUUGUUUCUCCACCACAACAAACUAAUCAACCCCCGUCACCUGAAACUCAUCAUAGCGUAUGUCGUAAUGUGAGAAAUGGCGAACUGCUGGCAAAUCCAACUAACUGUCGAGCUUUCAUUGAAUGUCAACAGAAUUUGAGACUUGACAGAGAAUGUGGGCCAGGAGAACUUUUUGAGGCACGAAGUGGUGUUUGCUUAUCUGACUUCACUGUCGAUUGUGGUGAUCGUGUCAUUCCUUCGCCUGUCAACGAUAUCGUGAUUAGAAAUAUUUGCGUGGGUGUUCCCAAUCAUGCUCGCGUUCCCGAUCCCCGUGAUUGUGGAAGAUAUUUUAAUUGCGUCAAUCAACGAGGUGUCGGUCAAGAGUGUGAUCAAGGCCAAUUAUUCGAGACGUCAUUGGCAAUGUGUAUUCAUGAAAGGGCCGUGAAUUGUGGCGGACGUGGUGGAAGUAAUGGCAACAAUAAUCAAAUCAUCAGUCAAGAUGGUGCAAUCACAAUUCAAGCAUGCAGCAAUUUACCAUCAGGAUCGAGAAUUUCUGACCCACAUGAUUGCCAGAAAUUCUAUGAAUGCCGAAACAACAUGCGAAUUGAAAACACUUGUCCACCAAAUCAAUCUUUCGAUAUUGGAAUGAGUCAAUGUCGACCAUCAAAUUCUGUUACUUGUGGUACAAGACGAAACUUGAGAAAUCCUACGUUAGACAAUGCUAUUUGCAUUGGUCAAGUUAAUGGACGAAGAUUUGGAAAUUUAUUGAAUUGUCGCGCUUUUAUAGAAUGUCAAGCAAACAACAGAGUUGACAGAGAAUGUCCUAACGGUGAAUUGUUUGACGUAAAUUUGUCGGCUUGUUUACCAGCUCACAAUGUCAGAUGUAACAAUCGCAGCUUACCUCCUUUGGGAUCUGAACCGAUGUCACCUGAAGAUUUCUUCCCGCCGUGUCCAAGGACUGGCGUGUCAUAUCGAAGUCAUCCACAUGAUUGUUCUGGAUAUUUUAUAUGUGCCGAAGGUCAUUUAAUUCAACAUUCAUGUGCACCUGGAAUUCAUUUUAAUGCUGCGUCACUUCAAUGUGAUUUUCCUAGCAAUGCAAAUUGUCGAUUAUCACGAAUUGUAAUCCCCCACAUGCCUUUGUUACCUGAUUGCAACAAUGGCGAAGAUUACUUUCCAAAUCUCUUGAAUUGUAAGCAAUAUUUCGUUUGCGAAGACAGCACACCGAAACUCAAAGACUGCCCAUCAGGCAGUGUUUGGAACAACAAAAAAUUGCAAUGCGACAAAACUUACGCAGAUAUUUGCGCAAGUAGCUUCAACAUUCAAUUUGGAACUUUCGAUUACAGAAAACCAAAAGAAAAUGAAAUAAAA